AUGAUUUAUUCUGUGGCAACAACAACAACAACAACUGAAUCUACUACCAUUCCAUCAACGACAACAACUACAACAACGAUGGAGUCAAGUACAGAAAAAUCAUAUGAACUUGGUUGUUUCUUCGAUAAAACAAAUAUAACACUUGCUGAUGGCUCUGUGCGUUCACUACAUUUAUUAACUACUGGUGAUGAAGUUCUUGUUCAUUUAUCAUCUGGAAAAAUUGAAAAAAGUCGAGUAUUAACGAUAUUUCAUCAUCAACGUUCAACUGUUCGUUUUUUGGAAAUAUACACGACAAAUAAACAAGAACCACUUCGUCUUACACCAUCACAUUCGAUUCUAACUAAGAAAAAAGAUCAAAAACAAACUUUUGUUCAUUAUAGUUUUGCAUAUAACAUUGCUAUUGGUGAUUUUGUUUUUUCAUCGGAAUUAAUACCGUUACAAGUGAUUAAUAUCAAAGAAAUCCUAUUGUAUGAUCAAACAAUAUCUACUCCAUUAACAUUCGAAGGUAAUAUCAUAGUAAAUAAUUUAGUUGCUUCAUGUUAUGCCACUUAUCGUCAUACAUUUAUGCAUAUGUUAACAUUACCUCUUCGAUAUUGGUAUCAAAUAGAAAUGUUUUCUCGAUUUAAUUAUUUCAUUGUUCAUUUAAUUGAAUUGUAUUCAAAAAUAAGUGUUUAA